CUGGGAGCUUGCAUUCAUAAACGGAUAUGAUAAGCGUCGAAUGUACAGUGUACCAGCAAGAGAAACACACACAGUCAAGUCAGACCAUGGCGGAAGAAGACGACAUGACUAUUCGGAUUUUACAAAGCCUGCGUGGAAAGAUAUGUGAAGCUAAGAACCUGGGUCCAACCUCAGGUCCAAACCGCCAGCGAGACCUCUGCACCUUCUGCACCAUCAAUCUGGACCAGGAGGAGGUGUUCCGCACUAAGGUGUUUGAGAAGAGCCUGAGCCCCUUCUACGGAGAGGACUUCUACUUUGAGAUUCCACGACCAUUUCAGUGUUUGUCCUUUUACGUCUAUGCCAAGAGUGUUUUCCAAAGGGAUCUACCUGUUGGGAAGAUAUCCAUCCGUAAAGAGGACCUAUGUAAACACAGUGGAAAAGAGCACUGGUUUGGCUUGCAACCUGUGGACCCCAACUCUGAAGUCCAGGGCAAGGUCCACCUGGAGAUGCGUCUGAAUGAGCUGAUCACAGAAAAUGGCUCUGUGUGUCAGCAACUGCUGGUGCGGAUAAUUGAAUGCCAAGGUUUGCCUUUGAUAAGUGGUCAGAAUUGUGAUGCGUACGCCACUGUUUCGCUGGUGGGACCUGCAAGAGUAGACCAGAAGAAGACCAAGGUGAAGAAGAAGACCAGUGACCCUCAGUUUGAGGAGACCUUCCACUUCGAGGUCACCAGGUCCAGCAGCUACACCAAAAAAUCUCACUUUCAAGUGGAGGAGGAGGACAUUGAAAAGCUCGAGAUCAAAGUUGAUUUAUGGAACAAUGGGAAUUUGGCUCAGGACAUUUUCCUGGGGGAGACGCGAGUAUCUGUCAAGAUCCUGAGAAAUGACCAUAUUCACAGGGCCUGGUACCUCCUGCAGCCCAAAGGGAAUGGAAGCAAGUCCAAGAAUGAUGACCUGGGCUCCCUGCGUCUGAAUGUGACCUACACCGAGGACAAUGUGCUGCCCUCCGCCUGUUACACACCCCUCCGCACCCUGCUCCUCAAGUCCCCCGACGUCAAGCCCAUCUCUGCGUCCCCGGCUCACAUCCUGGGGGACAUCUGCAGGGAGCGGUACGAGGCUGUCCUGCCCGUGGUGCGGCUGCUGCUCCACCACAGCCGCCUGGUGCCCUUCGUCUCUGCCAUCGCUGCCCUGGAGCUGGACAACACCCAGGAGGCCAACACCAUAUUCAGAGGGAAUUCACUGGCGACGCGCUGCAUCGACGACAUGAUGAAGAUAGUGGGGAGGAGCUACCUGACGGUGACCUUGAAGCCCGUGCUGGACGAGAUUUGUGAAUCCAACAAAACAUGUGAAAUUGACCCGAUUAAACUGAAGGAAGGGGACAACGUGGAAGUGAACAAGGAGAACCUCCAGGGCUACGUUCAGAAGGUGUUCUCCUCCAUCACCCAGUCCAGCUCCAGCUGCCCCCCCCUCAUGUGUGACGUGUUCAGGUCCCUGCGCCAGAUGGCGUCCAAGCGUUUCCCAGCCGACCCCCACGUGCAGUACUCUGCCGUCAGCAGCUUUGUGUUCCUGCGUUUCUUCGCCGUGGCCGUGCUCUCGCCACACACCUUCCAGCUGCGGCCCCACCACCCUGACCCUGAGGUGUCUCGUACGCUCACCCUCAUCUCCAAAACCAUCCAGACCCUGGGCAGCUGGGGCAGCCUGUCCAAGAACAAGCUGUCCAGUUUUAAGGAGUCCUACAUGUAUGAUUUCUUCAAGUCAUUCCAAGAAGAUAAAUGUAUUGAAAAAGUCAAAAAGUUCCUAGAUGAGAUCUCCUCCAACGUGAGUAAGGAGUCUAGUGGAGUGGAGGAUUCCGUUGUCCUGAAGGAAGGGGAGGUGCAGAAGAGGGCCCAGGGAAGAAGACGCAUCGGUAAGAAGAACUUCAAGAAGAGAUGGCUGAGAGUGACCAGCAGAGAGCUCUCCUACCACAAGCACCGAGGUAAAGAGGCAUUGUGUGUCAUCCCUGUCAAGAAUAUUCGGGCUGUGGAGAAACUGGACGAGAGUGCUUUCAGCCGCAAAAAUAUGUUCCAGGUGAUCCACAGUGAGAAGCCCCUGUAUGUGCAGGCCGGUAACUGUGUGGAGGCCAGCGAGUGGAUCGAGGUGCUAAGCCAGGUGUGCCGCUGUAACCCGGGGCGACAGGUCACGUACCACCCCUCCACCUACUCGGGGGGCGCGUGGCUGUGUUGCCAGGGGAGCGACAGCCAGCCGGGCUGCAAACCCUGCACCCCCACCACGCUGGCCAAUCUCCAGCUGGACAUCGACUGUGACAGGGAGACGGAGCGCAUCUACUUUCUCCUCUCCUCCAACUACUCCAAGCUCCAGAAGAUGGAGGAUGCCUGUGCCAGCAUAGCGGUGUACCAGGGUCCUCAGAGGGAGCAGGAUGACUACUCCCACUUCACCAUCCAGGACCCCAAGGAGACGUUCCACAGCCUCAAGCAGAUCCGCCUGGUCCUGAAGGAUCUGCAGGAGCAGCACCACACCCGCAGCACCCUCACCGCCCAGUACGGCAGCCAGGAUAACCCGAUAGUGGGGAAGACAUCCUAACCAGCAUGGAGGCGUCUGACCUCAGAUGGCCACACCAGUGACGGCACAAUGCCACCUGCUACAGUUCAACACUGGAGCCUCCAAACGUCAACAAGUGAGAAUGCGGCCUGCCACCGCAGAGACAACAAGGCAGCUCUGAGGCGAUGCAGCGUCAUCCAAAGGCCAAUCAGAGCAGAGUGUGUCGUCACCUGACCCUCGCCGGGGGCUGAUGAUUGAUCCCCGAAGAGCCCCUCCCCCAAACACAUCUGAUCUCGACCUGAAGAGAAUGCUCUCCACCUCCUGUCCUCUGUUUUGUUCCUACACUCAUGUGAAAACAGCAUAGGGAAUUGGUGUGCGUGAAUAGGCUGCUAAAUCAAAAAAAAUUGUAUUCACUCAAAAUGUUGUACUGUUCGUAAUCAUAAUCCUUUACAGUCCCUCACAGUCCUUAGUUUGGUUCUGUGCCCAUUUUUGGGCCAACAGCAGGUAUAGUUUGUCAUCUUUUCUUAUGUAAAGGGAAUGUUCCCCAGCUCCCUCUGCUCCUCCUUAUUUUCAGCUCUUUUGUGCUUUGAACAAAUAUGCAUUUCAGAGUACAGUCAAGUGGAUGAAACCAAUCUGCCUUAUUUUAUUAUUUUUUCCAACUGUUGUGGCUACUAAUCUCUUUAACACCCUAAAGUAAGGGAACAAUGCUGAAGCACUUUAAAUAUUUGGAAUGAUCCAGAUGUAAUAAUUUAGAUACGUGGUAUCAGAGAACCCCAUAUCGAUCAGUUAAAUGAUCUUGUGUACGUUUUUAUCUCAUUCUUGUACGAUAACCUUUCUUAUAACUAUUUUUCUGAAGCCAAAGACUAUUUCGCAGGGUUGACUUGAAAAGGGUAUUAUUGUAUUUUGAAUACAGAUGUUUUAAAAUGGAAAGAAUUAUAUAUUUAGUUAAUGUGUACAUUUUGGUAACCUAUUUUUUUUCAUUUAUGACAAACAAUUUGAUCACGUAACCUCUAAUAUUUUCUGAAAAAGUAGAGGAGCGAAUGAUGAGAAUUUUAUGGUCAUAACAUUAGUCAAGUGAAUGACAGGUAGUAUGAUAUUGUGUUAUCAUAGUUCACCUCGUCACCUAUUUUCUAUUUGAAAUCCUGUUGCGGCAUAUUGUUGUCACAAUCGCCACAAAUCAACGUCCGUUGACACGCUGUCCAUUUGAAAAUGAUCCCAGUCUAGCAUGCAUUGAAAUCUGUCUUGAGAAGACCUUCCCUGGCUGAGCCCAACCCCUGGUCACAGGACAACCUCCCAGUUGACAGAAAGUUCCAGAAUUCGUGAUUUGACAAUCUAUAAUCAAAAACUUUAAUUCAAUCAUACAUCGGUUUUGUGUUUUAGGAGGAUUAGGCCUGCACAAUUGUUUGUUAUCAAUCAUUUGUCUCAGUCUACCAGUUUGAAAGUCAAUAUGUAGAACAAAUACCUACCAACUUGAACUUUGGUUGAGAUAUGUUGCCGUCAGAACAGAGUUAUUAGUGUUGCAUAUUUUUUCUUUUGGGAAUCAUAUUUCUAACAUGCAUGUCCCAUAUAUUUAACAGCAUUUUUUCUAACGUGUGCUUUCUAUGUCUAAUUUAACACUGUGAUCUGACCUUGAUCUUUCAUAACUGUUUAUUUAAUGUCUCAAUGUUUUUCUUCAGUGGUCCUAGGAAGCUGGCUAGUUAUCUGUCUCAGAUGAGAGAGAAAAAGAGAGUUUGUGGAUUCUGCGGUGUUACUGAGAUGAACUUGCUCAAAGCGACCCACCAUGCUCUGUCCCACUGUGCUCCUGUGCGCACGUCCUAGUCCAAGACCCACAACCUCCCUAUUCUUGUCAUGGUGGUGUUACCUGUUGCAUGUUUAAUGAAGGUUAAGAUGUCAUGGUCUUUCGUUUUGAUUUUAAAAAAUCAUACCUUUUUGAUCAUGACAAGGGAAACAUUUUCCCCAGCCCCCAUCCUCUCCCUGUUGGGAUGUUAUCAUUGCACCAGCAGACAACCAGACAUGCACCGGCUUUAGUCCCCCAAGGAGUUAGGAUCUCCCAACUGUACGUACAUCUGUACUUAAUUCUCAUGCCUGACUUAGCAUUAAGGAAGGUACAUUUACGGUACUGGCUACAAGAAACUGGACUAUCUUUGUAAGAUGACAAAUCCACAAGAUGGCUUUUUUGAAUAGAAGAUGCUGAAAUGAUAUCAAUAUUUUGCAUAAAAUCUGGUUUGAAUUGGACGAUUUAAAAAGUGUCUUUGGUUAUAUGUACAUGACAAGAUACCACCACUUGAUGAAUGCACCAUUAUGUUCUUGUGUCUAUCCGGACUGUAGGACAUGGAUUUGUUUUCCUCUGUUAUUUAAAUGUUUUAUAAAUAUUUUCUCAAGAUUUCAGGGUUUUUUAUUUGUCCAUUGAAAAUAAUUUACAAUAAAACCUUCGCCAAUGUU